CACUGUAUAAAAGUGCACAGCUAUAGAUAGGAUAUAGUAUCCUAAUACUAGGAAAGGAUAUCUUGCUGUGUAUUGAACCAUGGCUGAAGAUCUGGUUCUGGAGAGCUGUGACUUGGAUUGCGCAUCAAAUAACCGCGAUCACCACACUGCAGACGUCGGCUGUACCCAGCUGAUAGUCCGGAGAGGGCAGCCCUUCAACGUCACCCUUCACUUUUCUCCCCGAGGGUAUGAAGAAGGUGUGGAUCAGCUGUCACUCAACAUUCAAACAGGUCCAUGUCCCUCAGAGGAAUCCGGAACUCGUGCUCACAUUAAAUUGUCAGAUUCCCCCCAGGAGGGAGCGUGGAAUGCAUCUAUCAGUACCAAUGAAGGGGACAAGCUGAUACUGUCUAUCAUCUCGCCUCCUGAUGCCCGCAUUGGAUUAUACAAUAUUUCUCUGGAGGCCUCCACAGGAUACCAAGGAACUAGCUUCCAUCUCGGAACUUUCACCCUGCUCUUCAAUCCAUGGUGCCCUGAGGAUACCGUAUAUCUAGAGCGUGAAGACCAGCGAACCGAGUAUAUUAUGACCCAGUAUGGUAUGAUCUUCCAAGGGACAAAGACCUCGAUCACCAGCGUUCCAUGGAACUUUGGACAGUUUGAAGAUGGCAUCUUAGAAGCCUGCCUUCAGAUCCUGGACACCAGCCCCAAAUUUGUGAAGGAUUCUAACCGGGACUGCUCUCGGCGUAAUGACCCAGUCUACAUCAGUCGGGUUGUGAGUGCCAUGGUUAAUUGUAAUGAUGAAGACAGAGGUGUGCUGUAUGGACGAUGGGACAACCUGUACGACGACGGAAUUAGUCCCAUGUUCUGGAUUGGAAGUGUGGACAUUUUGCGGAGGUGGAGGAAGUUUGGAUGCCAACCUGUGAAAUAUGGACAGUGCUGGGUUUUUGCUGCUGUGGCAUGUUCAGUCCUACGGUGUCUUGGAAUCCCUGCCCGUGUUAUCACAAACUACCAUUCUGCCCAUGAUACAAACAGCAACCUGUUGAUCGAGCAGUACUUGGAUCAGGAAGGGAAUAAGCAGAAGAAACAAAAGGACAUGAUUUGGAAUUUCCACUGCUGGGUAGAAUCUUGGAUGGCACGUCCAGAUCUGGAAGGGGGUUACGAUGGAUGGCAGGUUGUUGAUCCAACUCCACAGGAGAAGAGUGAUGGUGUAUACUGCUGUGGUCCAGCUCCUGUGAUCGCCAUUAAGGAGGGAGAUCUGAAUGUGAAGUAUGAUGUCCAGUUUAUAUUUGCAGAAGUCAAUGCAGAUGUCAUUUAUUUUGUGGAGCAGAAAGAUGGCAGUGUUAAACAGACACGAUACACUGACACAGUGGGCCAGUCUAUUAGCACAAAGGCAGUGGGACGGGAUAAUCGAGAAGACAUCACACACAAUUACAAAUACCCAGAAGGCUCUGAAGAUGAAAGGCGAGUUUUUGAGAAAGCAAACAAACUCCAUGGCUCGCAAAGAGAAGAUGCCGUGCCAAACGACUUUGACGUAACAAUUAAGAUCAAAGUGUCUGAGGGCAUGGACAAGGGCAAAGACUUUGAUGUGAGAGCGCUGAUCAACAAUCACACAGAUGUUGAUAAGGAUUGCCGGCUGACAUUUUGUGCUCGAGUAGCCAGCUAUACUGGAAAAAUUGGCCCAGAGUGUGGAAUGAAGGAUCUGAUGAACCUAAAGCUAGAGGCUCAGUCCGAAAAGGAGGUUCCAUUGCGGGUUCUGUAUGAGAACUAUGGGCCUGUCUUGACCGAUGACAAUCUGAUCAAGCUUGUGGCUCUUCUCUAUGAUUCCUCAUCAACGGACAUUCUCCUGGCAAUGAGGGACAUUCAUAUCAAGAACCCAGACAUCAAAGUGCGGGUUCUUGGAGAGCCAAUGCAGAAAAGGAAGUUGGUGGCUGACAUCACUUUAAAGAAUCCACUAUCUGAGCCUCUGAAUGACUGUUGUUUCACUGUGGAAGGUGCUGGACUGACGGAGGGACUCAUUGAGAAGAAACUUGAUUACACCGUGGAGCCCGGACAAGAAGCCAAAGUCAGGGUGGACCUCUAUCCCCAGCAAUCUGGACUGCGGAAGCUUGUGGUGGAUUUUGAAAGCGACCACCUGAAAGCAGUGAAAGGUCACAGAAAUGUCAUAAUCGCACCCCAACCCAAGUGAGAAGAAAAGCUAUAUCAUGGGUGGGAGCACUUUACUCCAGACUACCAGGUUACCCAGCUGUCCUAUAAUGUGAGCAUUUUGUAAGCCUUUCUAUAUAUAUUUACUAUUAUAAUCAACUGUCUUUAUUCCCCGAAGUCUGUACUGUAUACACUGUAAAUAAACUAUGUGACUGACUGCCUGGCACGAUGACCGGGUACCUCCGUCAAUCGAAGCUCCUAGUGCUCACCAAGGGCUCCAAGCACUCCACCAGAUACCAUAAGCACUGUAGACUCCAUGAACCGCCGCAGCUUGGUUGGGGUCUCGUCGUCCUCCACCCACCCUGGACCCAAGACCAGAAUCCAGCUCCCAGUGGGCAGACCUCUCCUACUCCAGAGAGCGUAGCAGGAACAGCUCUUAGAAUAGCUAGUGAUUAUACUCAGGGGAGGAUAGUGAUUAUAGCAAUCCCCAGAGUGUAGUUCUCCAGUUCAUUUGAACUCCAGAUUUCAACGUAGGGAGUGCACGCCUGUUACCGUGUAAAUAAUGUUUUGUAUCCAUGCAUUAAAAAGCCUUUCUAUGAAA